AGGGUUAGCGCUGCUGUGCAAAUGAGUGUAAACAGGAAAAUAAGCUCAGAGGUGCAGCCUAAAGUCAGGAAAUGUGGAACCACUGUGUGUUUGUUCCAAUGAAGAGAGUCUCGGUUUUGAAUUGCACCAGUUAUCCCAUCCAGCAGAGCUACUAGCAGCUGCAGGAACAUGGAAGUGACAACCAGACUGACAUGGAUACAGGAAAAGCUUCUGGAACAACUACUUGGGAAAGCAUCUUUAACUCUUCUUUAUAAGUCUAGUGUUCAUCAGUUUAUAACUCUUGAUAUAACUAAGAGAUGCUCUAAUCAGGGAUCCACAAUGACAGUCAUUCACUUGAAGCAAAAUAUUGUGGGUGUUUUCAUGCUAGAACAGUUUCCCCUUUUACGUUCUGAAAAGUCAAGCACUUGUGUUUGGUUUUCAUUUAGACAGGGUAGCAGCACUGGGAUGUCAGCUUUAGUUUUGAAUACACAAGUAGAAGUCAGUGUCACACAGUUGAAAUUUUUCUCACCCGGUGGUUUUUCUCUCAUUGUGGAUCCAAGAAAUUAUGAACUUCAUCUGAGUGCUGAAGUAAUAAAAGAGCUACAACUUGAUCUUAAAGGUGUCUCUCCGUAUUUGGAAUGUGAAAUAUUUCGAGUUGAUGGCAUUAAGAGGGAUCCAGAGUUCAUAAAGAAGAUGGUAACUGUCAAACAGUACCGGAAAAAGCUCCUCUCUGCUCUCAGAGCCUACAGGCCCCAUGAAGACUUGGUUCCAGAAGUUCGUAUCCUCUUGGUGGGCCCAGUAGGUUCUGGAAAGUCGAGCUUUUUCAAUUCAGUGAAGUCUGCUUUCCAGGGUCACUUAACUCGCCAGGCCAUUGUGGGGUCUGACGAAGACAGCGUUACCAAACAGUAUAGAGUAUAUACUGUUAAAGAUGGAGAAGGUGGGAAAAUGCUCCCAUUUUUGUUGUGUGAUUCAAUGGGGCUGGAUGAGAGAAAAGGAGCAGGAUUGUGUAUAGAUGAUAUACCUCAUAUCUUAAACGGCUAUGUACCAGACAGGUAUCAGUUCAACCCGUGUAAGCCAAAAGAGGUGAGGCUCUCCACUUACUGCACCUCUCCACCACUAAAGGACAGGAUUCACUGUGUGGCUUAUGUCUUGAACAUCAACUCAGUUAACAUGCUGUCUGAUCAAAUGGUGGCAAAGCUCAAAAAAAUUCACAGAGAUGCAGUACACUGUGGUGUAAGAGAAGUAGCCUUGCUUACUAAUGUGAAUAACUGUGAUGAAGUUCUUGAUGACAAUUUUUUAAACAUGACAGAAAGUAUGACUUCUCGAAGCCAGGUAAAGAAUGUCCAAGACAUGCUAAAUAUUCCUAUAGCUAACAUCUUGAUGGUUAGUAAUUAUGCUUUGGAACGAUCAUUGGACCCUCUGAAGGAUGUUCUGAUCUUUGCUGCACUCAAUCAGAUGUUGCGGACUGCAAAUGACUCCUUAGAAGACUUGUUUCUUAAGGAAACUGCAUCAGCUAACGACUCCUUGAAGCGCCGGUCAAGGCUGAGAAAAUGAAGAUGAAGGCUGAGAAGUGGAGAGGAGGGAGAUGCCUGACAACAGAUCCUCUUCCUUAUGCCUGUACCCACCAUAACUUGAAAUUCCGAUGCUUUGUAUUCCCUUCCCUAUCACAUUAUGCAAUUCUAUGUAUCCUAACUGAUCACACAGCAAUUACAAAAUUAUAUAGAUAUCCGCUGUUCCAAAUAGAGUGCAAGUUCUCUGAGAAAUAGGCUCUAGAUUGACCUCUGUAGUCAUAGAGCUCAGCACAAGGUCUGGUCAGCAUUGAGGAUACUAACAAUGACUCUUCUGUAACACUUUCUCUACCUUGGUAUUUACUUAGAUUUCUACUCCAAAUGGAUGAGAAGACACAAAGAGUAAGAUGCUGGAAAGAGAAUGAGAAAAUAAGGAUGGAGAGGGUCUUAUUAUCUCUGCUUGAAAACAUGAGUGCCUCUAAUUAGCCAAUUUAUGCCUCUAAUUAAAAAGAGACAAUAUUUGUGAACAACUCCAUUAAUUGCAUUAACGUUUUAAUUUCAUGAAAUAAAGAUUCUUCCUGUAA